GAUUAAUAUUGAUAUUGGCAGCAGUUGCUUUGGCGCGGGCCGAAAACCUGUGUCCACCUGAACAAUCUGAGAACUGGGAAAUAGAAUUACUUUUGCCUCACCCGCAAUGCAACAAAUUUUACAAAUGCACCUUCGGCCAACCGGUCGAGAUGGUGUGCUAUGGGAAUUUGUACUUCAAUCUUAAAACUUGGCAGUGCGACUGGCCCGAAAACGUCGAAUGUGGUGACAGGAUAGACCCAGCUGAUACGACUACAGCGUCACCUACACCUACAACUCUUGUUCCUGAAACGACGACAAAUCGCGAAACUGAAGCUCCCAUAACAACUCCAAUACCAACAACUACUGAGACAACUACAGCUGAAGUUACGACAACCACAACACAAGCUCCUACAACUCCUACUUUAGCUCCUACAACUACAACUGAAGUUCCGACAACCACAACACAAGCUCCUACAACUACUACUUUAGCUCCUACAACUACAACUGAAGUUCCGACGACCACAACACAAGCUCCUACAACUACCCAGGAACCGGAUACUGAGCCUCCAACUACGACGGCUGCGCCAACGGUAGCUCCCACGCCGGAACCUGAACCAGAAAAACCCGAAAUUGAUUUCCUUGAAAAUGGUUGCCCAGUUAACCCUCAUAUUCACUGGCUACUGCCCCAUGAAGGAAACUGCAAUCUAUUCUAUUAUUGUGUUUGGGGAAGAAAAGUCUUGAGACAUUGCCCUAGCACAUUACACUUCAACAAAGUCAUCCAGGUUUGCGACUGGCCUUGGGACGCAGGCUGUGCAUCAUCUUUCGACAAGAACGCCGUGGCCAGGAGAAUGAUUAGUGAAGUCGAAGUAUCCGUCAAUCUGUAA